AUGUUUUUCACCUGGACUUUGCUGGCCCUGCUUUUUACUUUGAUAUUACUAUAUGGAAUAUGGCCAUAUCGGUUCUUCAAAAAGCUGGGGAUACCUGGACCGAGGCCCCUGCCUUUUAUUGGAACGAUGCUGGGCAUGAGGAAGGGAUUUCUUGCUUUUGACAGAGAGUGCCAUGCCAAGUAUGGGGACAUCUGGGGGUUGUACGAUGGACAUACGCCGGUGUUAAUGGUGACCGACCCUGAGAUUGUUAAAACUGUGAUGGUGAAAGAGUGCUACUCUUUAUUUACCAACCGCAGGGAUUCUGGUUUCUUCAGUGAACCUCUGGAUGAUGCAGUGGCAGAAGUGAAAGACGAAAGGUGGAAACGGAUUCGCAACACUCUGUCUCCAUGCUUCACCAGCGGAAGACUGAAACAGGUUUUUCCCCUCGUUGCUCGCUAUGCAGAACGACUUGUUGCAAAACUUGAGGAAACAAAUUUGAAUGAACCCAUCAACGUCAAACAGUUUGUGGCUCCUUACAGUUUAGACACUGUGACCAGUGCUUCUUUCAGUGUGGAGACAGACUCCAUAAACAAUCCAGACGAUCCUAUCAAUGUUCAAAUUAUGAAGGUCCUUAAAGUCAACACUGGGCUUUUCUUUUUGCUAAUGGCAUUUCCCCUCAGUCGUCGUCUGUUAAAGCAGCUCAAAAUUGAGAUCAUGCCCAAAGAAAACAUAAACUUUUUCCUCAACAUCAUCAAGCGAUUUAAAGAUGAGCAUCGUGAAGCCAAAUCUACACGACCAGACUUCCUGCAUGUGUUGAUUCAGAGUGAGAUCCCAGAAAAGAACUAUAAGAACAAUGAAGAUCAGCCAAGUAAAGGUUUGACUGAACAUGAGAUACUUUCCCAGGCCUUCGUCUUCAUCCUUGGAGGCUACGACACCACUAGCAACACUGUUACUCACAUCCUUUAUAAUCUGGCUACAAACCCUGAUGUGUUGCAGACCUUACACAAAGAAAUCGAUGAUAACCUGAAGGAAGAUGCGCCCAUUUUAUACGAGGAGCUGACCAGUCUAAAGUACCUGGACCAAGUUAUACUUGAAUCGAUGCGAUUGAUUCCCAUUGCCCCUCGCCUCGACAGGGUGUGCAAAAAAACUGUUAAAGUGAAUGGCCUCACCAUCCCUGAGGGAACCGUGGUUGGAAUUCCUGUGUGGGUGUUGCACAAAGACCCACGCUACUGGAACUCACCUGAGCUUUUCAGACCAGAGAGGUUCAGUAAAGAUAGCGGGGAGAAGGUGAACCCAUACAUGUACAUGCCAUUUGGACUCGGCCCUCGUAACUGUGUUGGGAGGCGCUACGGCCUACUCACCACGAAGAUGGUUAUUGUCCGUCUCUUGCAGAAGUACACUUUGGAAACGUGCAAAGAGACCAUGAUUCCACUUCAGUUUGACUGGAAGUCUGAACCUGUUCAGCCCAUAAAACUCAAGUUUGUUCCCAGAAAAGAGUAAUCUAAAAGGGAACGUCUCCAAAUCCCAUCAAACAUGUUUUUAUAUCUGCUGCCAAGAUAACAUUCAGAGUUGAUAUUUUUAACUAUUUUAAAAUGUUAUUGAAUCAGAGCAGGGUAAACAUCUGAUUUUUGUGUUUUAC